UCGUCUCACUCAAUCUGUCUCCUCCUCCUCCUCCUCCUCCUCCUCCUCCUCCUCCUCUUCCCCCCUCAGCCCACCUUCCUGGUGGAGUUGUCGAAGGUGUUGGCGAACCCGGGGAACACUCAGGUUGCUCGAGUCGCUGCUGGUCUGCAGGUGAAGAACUCUCUGACCUCCAAAGACCCCGACGUCAAGACGCAGUACCAGCAGAGAUGGCUGGCUAUCGACGCCAACGCUCGCCGCGAGAUCAAGAACUACGUUUUACAGACGCUGGGCACGGAGACGUACCGACCCAGCUCGGCGUCGCAGUGCGUCGCCGGGAUCGCCUGCGCAGAGAUCCCCGUGAACCAGUGGCCCGAGCUGAUCCCGCAGCUGGUGGCCAACGUCACCGACCCCACCAGCACCGAACACAUGAAGGAGUCCACGCUGGAGGCCAUCGGAUACAUCUGCCAGGACAUCGACCCGGAGCAGCUGCAGGAGAACGCCAACCAGAUCCUGACCGCCAUCAUCCAGGGCAUGAGGAAGGAGGAGCCCAGCAACAACGUCAAACUGGCCGCCACCAACGCCCUGCUCAACUCGCUUGAGUUCACCAAAGCCAACUUCGACAAGGAGGUGACCGCCAACGCCACACGUCCUGUUCUCACACGCGCCACACUUCCU